AUGGAAACUUUAUUCAUUCAUUCAAUUGCUCAGACUAAACAAGACUUCUUCAAGGACAAUAUCGACUAGUUUUCCGAGGUAAAUCCACAUGCAUAUUAUGCUAUGGAGACUUUGGCUUAAAAGAUAGGCCUUGAGACUUAUUAAACAUUCUUUGUGAAUUCAAUCGUAGAUUUCUCGUCAUUCUGUACAUCAAUCGUGGCUAGAAUGCAGAAUGGCACCAUAAUUCACGCAAGGAAUCUUGACUUUGACUUUCCAGAUGUUCUUAACAGACUAGUAUACCUGGCAUUAUAUAAAGUUGAUGGAAAGAUAGCAGCUGAAGCUCCAUCUAUUGCUGGUUACAUUGGAUCUUACACCGGACUUAGAUAUGAUUCAUUUACUGUCUCUUACAAUGUAAGAUUCAUUAGGAACCUGUCAAAUAUUGAAAUCAAUAUGGAAAAAGAACUAGCUGGAGUGAUUCCUACUGCUUAGCUGAUUUAGGAAACAUUGAUAUAGGAGGGAAUUAACUUUAAGUAAGCUGUUCAAAAACUUAGUAAUACCGAAAUCAACACACCAUGCUACAUCAUCGUAGGAGGUAUUCAGAAGAAUGAUGGUAUUGUUAUUACUAGAGAAAGAGAAGGAGUAAAUCACACGAAUUAACUUUCAGAUGAAUAAUGGUAUGUUGCCUAAACCAACAUGGACUAUUGGUUGAAUAAAGAUGUUAGAUACGAAUAAACUAAGGAAGGUCUAGACAAAGUAGGACAAGAAGCUAUUAAUUUAGAUAACAUAGUAAAGUAAGUAUUAUGGCAGGAUGGAGUUUUGCAGAGCAUUACAAUUUUCUCUGCAUCACUAUCAGCUGCUCUAAAUAAAAAUGACAUUUAUCUGAUAAAAAAUGAAAACAGAUACAAUCUGUAUAGUGAAUGA